GCUGUGUUUCCUUGGGCUGCAGCGUUCGAAUCCUUUGGCGUAAAGAGGAGAUGUGUAACUGUACAAAAAUAGAGGGGUAUUCUUCGUCCCUUUCUUCCAUACGUAUUUCUGACUUUCUAACCAAACGAUAUCUCCCCAUCUCUUUCUUUACAAUGUCGCUAGUACAUGAUGUACAAGUCUCCUCACUGGAUGAACACUGACCACUACUGGAUCGGAUACCCUCACAACAAGCUCUCGGGAGAGUUCAAGGCUUACUAUCUAAUCCAAUUUGGGUACUGGUUGCAGCAGAUCUAUGUCGUCAAUACCGACAUGAGGCGCAAGGACUACUGGGCUAUGCUGAUCCACCACUUUAUCACUUGCACCCUUAUCGGAUGCAGUUAUGCCGCCCACUUAACUCGCAUCGGUAACGCCAUUUUGGUCGUCAUGGAUGUUUCCGACGUCUUUCUUGCUAUCCCCAAGAUUCUCAAGUACCAGGGCUACACCACGAUCUGCGAUUACCUCUUCGGACUCUUCGUGGUCUCCUGGGCCAUUACUCGCCAUUACCUGUUCCCCAUCAUCAUCAUGUCUCUCUACAACGGACCUCAGAAGUACCUGGACAUGGAGUGGAAUCCAGAAAAGUCCAAGUUCAUGAACUUGACUGUGCAGCGUUAUUUCUUGGCCCUGCUCUAUGGUCUCGAGGCCGUCCUCUGCUUCUGGUUCCUUAUGAUCUUUAAGGUCAUCUAUAAGAUGUUCAACGGCGCCCCUGCAGACGACAACCGAAGCCACGAUGAAGAUUCGGGCGAGGAGGAGAAGACCGAGGCCCAGAAGCUCGCUAUCCAGAGUAAGGGUGUUGCUGCUGGCAAGGAGGACCCUACAGUCCUGAAGCAGCGUGUUAACGGAAAGAGGGCAUAAAAAGUACAGCCCUCUUUUGCUGUUCUUGCCAAAAGCGGUGAAGGAACCCGGCGAAGGCGAAG